CCAAUGAAAAGCGAAGGAUAGGCUCAUAUAAACAACAUAUAUAGCUUGGAAUUCUUUUUUAUACUUUCCAUUUCUCAGAGAAUAAAAUAUGAGGUGUGUUAAAUUCCUUACAAAUGUUACCAAAAGAUCAGCCCUAUUGCACUACAGGUCACUGACAGCAGCAUCAUUCAAGUAUGAUGACUUGCAAAUAACUUUAACUGACAAAAAACAAGAAAAGCCAGACCCCAACAAUCUUCUGUUUGGCCACAAUUUUAGUGACCAUAUGCUUCAAGUGGAAUGGACUAGAGAUGAUGGAUGGGGAAAGCCUGUUAUCUCCCCCUUAGCUAAUUUAUCAAUACAUCCUGGUGCUAAAUGUCUACAUUAUGCCAUAGAAUUAUUUGAAGGAAUGAAAGCCUACAGAGGAGUAGAUGACAAAAUAAGGAUGUUCAGGCCAUUUGAAAACAUGAAGAGAAUGAAAUCUACUGCAGAUAGAGCAUAUCUACCAGACUUUGAUGCUGAGGAGCUUGUAAAGUGUAUGAAGAAGUUAUUACAGAUUGACAGAGAAUGGGUGCCCUACUCAACCAAAAGUUCACUGUAUCUAAGACCUACAUUUAUAGGCACUGAGCCAACAUUGGGGGUGACGAAAACAGCUUCCGCCUUACUUUAUGUACUUACAGGCCCUGUAGGACCAUACUAUCCCACCGGGAUGAAUCCAGUUACACUGUUAGCUGAUCCACAGUAUGUUAGAGCCUGGCCUGGUGGAUGUGGAAACUUCAAAAUGGGAUCUAAUUAUGGACCAACUAUCAAAAUUUCUGCUGAAGCUGAUAAGAAAGGAUGUCAACAAGUUCUGUGGUUGUAUGGUGAUGAUCAUCAGCUGACAGAAGUCGGGGCCAUGAACUUGUUUGUUUACUGGAUCAAUGAACAAGGAGAAAAAGAAUUGGUGACAGCUCCAUUGGAUGGUCUUGUUUUGCCCGGAAUCACCAGAAAAUCAUUAAUUGAGCUUGCUAAAAAAUGGGGAGAAUUUAAAGUGACUGAAAGAACUUACACAAUGGCAGAAGUAACAAAAGCUUUGAAUGAAAACAGAUUAAAAGAGAUGUUUGGUGCAGGAACUGCCUGUGUAGUAUCUCCAGUAGAGAAGAUAUUAUAUAUAGAUAAUAUGUUAAACAUUCCCACCAUGUCUGACGGAGCACCUGUUACAAUGAGGUUUCUGAAAGAAUUAACAGAUAUACAUUAUGGAAGAACAAUCAGCGAUUGGUGUGAACCUAUAGAAUGAACAGAUCUAUUUUUAGACCAACGAGUGAUGUAUAAAUCUUCCAUUGUCAUGUUUGUGGAUUGUCGGUCCAACUACCAUGUGAUGCAGAAAUCUCAUAUCAUGUCAUGGAAUUACACAAAUCAUGUGAUAUUAAUGUGUUAGAAUCAUAGAUCAUGUGACAUGUUUUUGUACACAAAUCAUGUGAGGUGUUUUAGAAUCAUAGAUCAUAUAAUGUGUUUUUUUACUAAGAUCAUGUGAUGUGCUUUGUUCUCAGAUCAUGUGAUGUGUUUUGGUCUGUGAUCAAUCAUGUGAUGUGUUUUGUUCACAGAUCAUAGCAUGUGCUUUUGUCUCAGAUCAUGUGAUAGAAAGUGUAGAUGGUGUGAUAUUUGCUUUUUUACAAGCAAUUACUAGAAUCUUUUUUUAUUCUUAUCACUGACUUGAUGAAUCUCACUUGA